AUGUCUGUACCAACAAAGGAGACUCAUCCAAAGGAGAAAUCAUUAGUCGGAGCGAAAGGCAAAUUGACGCUGAAGGGAUACACCCCAGGUAUGAAGGUUUGCACUCGUUUCCCACCAGAACCAUCUGGAUACCUCCACCUUGGUCACAUGAAAGCCGCCAUGCUUAACGAUUACUACGCACACAGCAAUGGAGGACAACUCAUCUUGAGAUUUGAUGAUACAAAUCCAUUGAAAGAGAGUCAAGAAUACGUCGAUAAUAUCAUCAGAGACUUGAAGACCAUUGGUAUUGUUGCAGACAAAGUGUCAUACACAUCAGACUACUUUGACAUGUUGAUGGAAUAUGGAGAUAAGAUCUUGAAAAUGGGGAAGGCAUACAUUGACGAUAUGGAUCCAGAAGAGAUGCACAAGGGCCGUAUGGAAGGUAUUGAGUCGCCAAACAGAAACAACACACUCGAGAAGAAUCUUGAGAUGUGGGAAGAAAUGAAGAAGGGCACUGAGAAAGGAAAGAAGUGUGUGAUGAGAGGAAAGAUUGAUAUGAAACACAAAAACAAGGCACUAAGAGACCCAUCGUUGUGGAGAUGUAUUGACGCAACACACUAUAGAACUGGGAACAAGUAUAAAGUCUAUCCACUUUAUGACUUUGGUGUGUCGAUUAUUGAUUCGACUGAAGGUGUGACACAUGCUUUGAGAUCACAGGAGUACUCUGAUAGAGCUCCGUUGUAUGACUGGGUUGUUGAUAUCUUUGGAAUGAGAAAACCAAUCAUCGAAGUCUUUUCUCGUAUGAAUUUUGCAUAUGUUUUGUUGUCAAAGAGAAAUUUGAAUCUUUUUGUGCAGAAGAAAUUGGUCGACGGAUGGUAUGACCCACGUUUCCCAACUAUUCAAGGAUUGUUAAGAAGAGGGUUGACCCUUGAAGCAAUGAAGGAGUUUUGUUUGUCACAAGGAUCCUCUAAGAACAUCAAUCUUAUGGAGAUGGAAAAGAUCUGGGCUAUUAACAAGAAAGUAAUUGACCCAAUUGUCCCACGGUAUAACGCUGUUUUGAAGACCGGUGCUUGCAAAGUAACAUUGGACACUCCACAAGAGGAAGAAAAGGAAGUUGCCCUUCACAAGAAGAAUGAGUCACUUGGAACGAAGAAGAUGACUUUUGGCAAAGAAGCCUACAUCGACGGCGACGACGCCAAGUCUAUUGCUGCCAAUGAAGAAGUCACAUUCAUGGACUGGGGAAAUGUCAUCUUUGACAAAAUUGAAGGAGAGACCGCGGCCGCCCACCUCCACCUUGACGGCGAUUUCAAAUUGACAAAGAAGAAGUUGACAUGGAUUUCCACGAAAGACACUGUUGAUUUGGAGUUGAGAGAGUUCGAUUAUUUGAUUACUGUCCCCAAGAUAGAAGAAGGUAUGGAAUUGGAGAAGUACAUCAAUCCAAAGUCACUUGAAAUCUUCCAAGCCAUUGGAGAGAGCGCAAUGAAGACAUUGAAAGAAGGAGAUAAGAUUCAGAUCCAGAGGCAUGGGUAUUUCAGAGUCGAUAAAGCCUUUGAUGGGAAUAAGAUCAUCUUGAACAAAAUCCCUGACGGAACUGAAAAGGGUCCAAAGGUUAAAGCCGAAAUUGAAGUCAAAGAGAAAAAGCAAAAGAAACAAACCAAGGACGAUAAGGAAGACCACCCAAAUAGAGAUUUGAAAAAGGAGAAGGAAGCUAAAGAGAAAAAGGAGCAAGCGAAAGCUCAAAAGAAGGCACAAGAAAAGAAAUAA